GGUUAAUCCACAAUUCGACAGCAAGUAGCAAUGCGUGAUGGGCAAGUUGUUGCCUGUUGUGGCGCCGUCAUCGUCACCGUAGUUCUUUCAUCCGUGGCAUCCACAUUGCCUGAAAGAAAGAGUUACCUCUCUCCGUUUCAAGAUGCUUGGAAGGCGUUUUUUCAGACCUCCGUCUUUGUGGUGUACCAAAGAUCGUUCGAACGUGACCUCCUUCUCGGAGGGGACGGCCAGUGCUUCCAUGGGAGAAUCUACAAGUGGAAUCACGAAGAAAAAUACUCCCUUGCCGAGACGUAUUACUGGGACAACGCGACGGCGAAAAUCAUAAAGAAGCCUGUAUACUUAUACCCUGAAGCAACCCCAGGAUAUGAGGUGCCGAAUGCAAUGGCGGUGUCUCCCUACAAAGGCAAGCUUGUGUCCAUCUACUAUCCAUUCGUGGUCUCAGAAUAUGACAACUGUGAUAUACUCCGUUCUCCAAGGCACGACAAUGGCUGCGAGCUCUGGGUCACCCGGCAGGGGGUGCAGAACGUCCGCAGCGCCUGCCUUUUCAUCUACGAUCUCUUAUGCGGGCCUAACAAGUUUCAAAAGUACGACGAGGAAUUCUGCAGAGAUAAAAUUCAGAUUAGGUAAUAAAUGCCUAAUGCCUCACUCUUUUGAAUCACGUGUGCCUCAUUUGUUUGCCUUUGCGCCA